CGCACCUGCCCUCCUCGCAGCGUCAAACGAUUGGCUUCAUCAGAUCACCCCGCCAUUUCAUGAUCUCGAGUAUCGGAAAUGUGGCUCUUGGACUGCAAGACCCUUAAGCUCAAGCUCUACUACGGCAAAAAAAUUCCCCCAUACGCUAUUCUUUCCCACGCGUGGGGUGAGAACGAAGUGUCUUUUCAGCAGAUCAAUGGCUCACGAGAGCAGAUCCACUCCUAUGCCGGAUUCACCAAGAUUCAGAAAUGCUGCGCCCAGGCCGCAACUGACGGCUUCGGGCACGUAUGGAUCGACACUUGUUGUAUCGACAAGACGAAUAGCGCGGAGUUAUCGGAGGCUAUCAACUCGAUGUUCAAUUGGUACAGAGACGCGACAGAAUGCUAUAUCUAUUUGGCGGACGUUACGGGCGUGCACGACAUGGAUAAGAGUAGAUGGUUUACGCGGGGAUGGACUUUGCAAGAACUGAUUGCGCCAGAAUCCGCUAUAUUCUUCAAUAAGGAAUGGAGCGACUUUGGAACCAAGUCGAGCCUGGUUGAAAACAUUUCCUCCAUCACGAAUAUCCCAGUUCCGGUCUUGCUGCACCAGACAGGCCCACAAUAUAGCGUUGCACAAGUAAUGUCAUGGGCUGCGAAAAGACAAACAACACGAGUGGAAGACCUCGGCUACUGCUUGCUUGGAAUUUUUGGUGUCAAUAUGCCAAUGAUAUAUGGCGAAGGAGAAAAGGCUUUUCUUCGUCUCCAACACGAAAUUAUCAAAGGGUCGACCGACCAAUCUCUGUUUGCAUGGACCGAGAGUUAUACAGAUGGUCGGUGCCUGAGCCUCCGUUUCUCAGGCGCGUUUGCAGAAUCUCCUGUUGAUUUUGUCGGAUGCGGGACUAUCGUGCGGACCACUGGCCAGGAAUGCGAGUUCUUCUUGACCAAUAGAGGCCUACGCAUUCAAAUGGUCGUUACUCCCUCAGUACCACACCGUGAUGAAUUCUUCACGGGGUAUCUAAACUGCUCUGCUCUGGCCGAUGGCCAUCGGCUUGGUAUUGUGCUCCGUAGAGUAAGCAACGACCAAUACAUUCGCAUAAUUUCACGGUCAAUAGAAAGACCCUCGUUGCCGUUAGGUGGUGGCUCAGAUGCUGGCAAGAUGACCACCAUCUAUAUCGCGGAGCCGAAGGCAUUUAUUGGCAUUUCAAGUUUGACAGACAAUACUCGAGUACGAGGCGUCACUUUCUCACCUUCCUAUAAGCAAUGCAGGGACUACGGAUUUAUGAGAGUGGAUAUAGCAGAAUAUCCACCUUUUCUUCAGCGCGAGAACGAGGAACAGAAUCGGUAUAGCGAAAUGGAUCGUUGGGCGCCCGGAGCUUCUGCUUUUAAAUUCCAACAUGAAGGCAAUCCCAAUUUGCGGUUUAUCGUGGCUUUCGGCUUGACCAGAGACUAUCAUGUUUGGUCAGAUAUCGAACUCCAAAUAGGCGGAAAUGAGGAUUUGCAAGAAGUUGUACGGUCUUACUGUGACAAUGAGCUACGGCACGUGAAUGAGAGAUACAAACGUCGCUUUUGUGCAAGCGAUAAUGUGAGGGAUCGGAUUACUGUUCUUCUUACAAAAGAACCAACGAGGAUGUUUGUGAAUGUUGCACUAAAGAAAGUUCUUCUUUCCGGGCGGGUACGUUAUAAGGUCAAUAUUACUAUAACUGGAGUAACUGGGGCUUCUAUCUCGAAGGAUGGGAUGGAAUCAGGUAUUAUUUCCACAUGUUAAGUAGCCAAGUAAUUUCAUGAAAUAAGGGC